UGAAUUAUAAGCCACUGCCUAGCUAGCUACCAAAACCAUGAAAUACAAUGAGAUAACUCAUUUCAGCCACCCACAACACAAGCUCAAGUUUGAGUACACAGAAGUUCCAUUCAAGUGUGAUGGUUGCAAAGAAGUUGGCAUAGGCUCAAGAUACAAAUGCUCCAAUAACAACACUUGUGACUAUGAUCUCCACAUCCACUGUGCCCUCCCUUCCCCUUCUCUCUCCCACCCUUUCUACACCAAAUGCUCUUUCCAAUUCCUACCCCGCCCACCGGGCCCCACUCCCCGCUACUGCAACGCCUGCGAAAAGGACAUCACCGGCUUCCUCUACCAUUGCAAGGCCUGUGGAUUCGACCUCCACCCAUGUUGCGCGAAGCUCCCCAUGGUGCUCGAUGACGGUGAAGUGAAGUUGUACCUGUAUAGGAAGGUUAGCGCAUCGUGUCAUCGGUGUGGGAGGAAGGGGAGGAGUUGGAGUUACCGGUCGAAUUGCAAGAAAUAUAACUUGCAUGUUGCUUGUGUGAAGGAGAUGUUGGUGGAGUAUUGGCAUGAGAUAUAUUUUGGGGGUGGUGGGAGUGGGGGAAGAGGAGGGAGCGAGAGGAAGUUGGAGACUAGAAUUCCUAGUUUGAGAGGUACACUUCAGACCCCUCAUAAUAGGAAUAGGGGCAAAGGGAAGUGUUGUCAGAUGGCUGCUUUGGCUGUCCAGUUUGUUAUAUCAGCUGUUCUUGGUGACCCGACUACCCUCAUUGCUGGGGUUGUUGGAUCAUUGAUGUCUAUGUAGUGCAGUUCGGUUACAAUCCGUAAACUAAAUACAGAAUCGAACAUAAAAUAUGCGGAUGAUAAGAUUUUACAAAGUUUGUUGGUGGGACCUACUUUUGAAAAUCUUGUCAAUUCAUAUACAUUCUAUGUCCGAUUCUGUAACUUGUUUUUGUAUCACUAAACUUAAUACCGGAUAGUGAGGUGGGUUGGUUUAAAAUGUAGACGUGGCUAUUAAUAAGUUUAAAAACAUAGAAACUAAAUAUAAAAUUGGACUUGUGAAAUAUAUGAAUAGACAAGAUUUUAUUAGAUUUAUUAGUUGAAUCUAUUUAUAAAAAAUCAUGUCUAUCAAUAUAUAUUUUUUUAUGUCUAAUUUUGUAUUUUAUUUUUGUAUUUUUGAACUUAUUGUGUUGAUGUUAAAAGUUAUAGCUUUGUUUGAUGAAGAUUUUGGUUUGGAGAAUGGUGGAUAAAGGUCCAUAUAUGGAUCUAAUGUGACUUGUAAGUUGUAACCUACUUUUCUGAUAAUGCACCUUUUAAAUAUUUUGUUU